UAGGAAGCGCAGUUGUUCUCGCGAGAUCUAAACUUAACCAGCUCGCUAGUGCAAGAUGGAGAAAUGAAAUUUACACGCAUCUAAGGCUUUCAGAUUGUUUUAGGAGACCACACAAAACUAUGCUAAGGAGGAAGAAAUGAUGUUGGCGCUAAUGAACCAAAGCAGUUUCUGGCAUUGUGAAUGAAACAUGCUGUUAAGUGGGUAUUGCCAAAUUACUUAACUGAUUAUCAGAUAGAAGCUAUUGACAAUGAAGGUUGACAGAAGCAAGUUAAAGAAAACCCCCACAGAAGCUCCUGCGGACUGCAGGACGCUCAUAGAGAAGCUCAAGGGAUGCAGCGACGAGCAACUGCUGUUGGAGCUGCAGCACAUCAAGACCUGGAAUAUUGGCAAGUGUGAGCUGUACCACUGGGUGGACCUGCUGGACCGCUUCGAUGGGAUCCUGUGUGACGCGGGCCAGACUGUGGAGAACAUGUCCUGGCUGCUGGUGUGUGACCGGCCGGACAACGGGCAGCUCAAAGCCCUGCUGCUAGCCGUGCUCAACUUUACCGCCCUGCUCAUCGAGUACAGCUUCUCCAGGCACCUCUACAGCUCUAUAGAGCACUUGACCACCUUGUUAGCGUCGUGUGACAUGCAGGUGGUUCUGUCUGUGCUGAACCUCCUGUACGUGUUCAGUAAACGCUCCAACUACAUCACCAGACUGGGCUCCGACAAGAGGACCCCUCUACUGGCACGCCUACAACAUCUGGCUGAGAGUUGGGGAGGGAAGGAGAAUGGCUUCGGUCUGGCCGAGUGCUGCAGGGACCUGCCUAUGACGAAGUACCCUCCCAGUGCCACCACACUGCACUUUGAAUUCUACGCUGAACCUGGCCCUGAGGUCAAAGUGGAGAGGAAGAACAGCAGUAACACAUUACACUACAUUCACAUCGAACAGCUCGACAAGAUCUCUGAGAGUCCCAGUGAGAUCAUGGAGUCUCUGACGGUGAUGUACAACAUCCCUAAAGACAAGCAGACCCUGCUGUUCACACACAUCCGACUGGCCCAUGGCUUCUCCAACCACAAGAAGAGACUACAGGCUGUACAGGCCAGGCUACACGCCAUCUCCAUACUGGUGUACUCCAAUGCACUCCAGGAGUCGGCCAACAGUAUUCUCUACAACGGCUUGAUAGAAGAGCUGGUGGAUGUGCUACAGAUUACAGACAAACAGCUAGUGGACAUAAAGGCAGCGUCAUUACGUACCUUAACAUCCAUAGUGCACCUGGAGAGGACACCCAAGCUGUCCAACAUCAUCGACUGCACCGGCACAGCCUCCUACCACGGCUUCCUACCUGUACUGGUGCGCAACUGCAUACAGGCCAUGAUCGACCCUCUGAUGGAGCCGUACCCGCACCAGUUUGCCACUGCUUUGUUCUCCUUCCUCUACCACCUGGCCAGCUACGACGCUGGGGGGGAGGCCCUGGUGUCCUGUGGGAUGAUGGAAGCCCUGCUCAAGGUGAUCAAGUUCCUGGGGGACGAGCAGGACCAGAUCACGUUUGUCACGCGUGCGGUCCGAGUGGUGGACCUCAUCACCAACCUGGACAUGGCAGCCUUCCAGUCACAUACCGGCCUUACCAUCUUCAUCAGCAGGCUGGAGCAUGAGGUGGACCUGUCGAGAAAAGAGUGCCCUUUUGUCAUCAAGCCAAAGAUCCAGAGACUCAACUCUACCGUGGAAUCUGAGGACAUGGACACGGACGCGGACGGCCAGUCAGAAAGCGUGUCAGAAGAGAGGAUGGAGAGCAGCCCUGGUCCCUCAACGUCCUCUGGCUCCAGACCUGAGACAGACCACCGAGCACAGAGCAGCACUGCCAGCACGCCCCGCACAGGCGUGCAGUGUAUUCCCCAGAGAGCAGCUCUUUUGAAGUCGAUGUUAAACUUCUUGAAGAAAGCCAUCCAGGACCCUGCCUUCUCUGAUGGCAUCCGUCACGUCAUGGACGGGUCCUUGCCUACCUCACUCAAGCACAUCAUCAGUAAUGCAGAGUACUAUGGACCUUCUCUCUUCCUGCUGGCGACGGAGGUGGUGACAGUGUUUGUGUUCCAGGAGCCAUCUCUGCUCUCCUCCCUGCAGGAUAACGGCCUGACUGAUGUCAUGCUGCAUGCCCUGCUCAUCAAAGACGUCCCGGCCACCCGGGAGGUGCUUGGUUCUCUCCCUAACGUGUUCAGUGCCUUGUGCCUGAACGCGCGAGGCCUGCACUCCUUCGUCCAAUGCCAGCCCUUUGAGCGCCUCUUCAAGGUGUUGCUGUCACCUGACUACCUGCCUGCCAUGAGACGACGCCGCAGCUCUGACCCUCUGGGAGAUACAGCGUCCAACCUGGGCAGUGCUGUGGAUGAACUGAUGAGACACCAACCCACUCUGAAGACUGACGCCACUACUGCCAUUAUCAAGUUACUGGAGGAGAUAUGUAACCUGGGCCGAGCCCCGGAGUACAUCUGUCAGAAGCCCUCUAUCCAGAAGACUGAUGGCACCGUCACCGCGCCUCCCGCCCGCUCCUCCCACGCCGCCGAGGAGGCCUCCAGCGAAGACGAGGAGGAAGAGGAGGCGCUCCAUACCUUCACCCAGCAGCAGGGGGAGCCAGAGAGCAACAGACAGGUUGUUGGCACUGAAGAGAGGAUACCAAUUCCUCUGAUGGAUUACAUUCUGAAUGUGAUGAAGUUUGUGGAGUCGAUCCUGAGUAACAACACGACAGACGACCACUGUCAGGAGUUUGUCAACCAGAAGGGUCUCCUGCCCCUGGUCUCUAUCCUCGGUCUGCCCAACCUGCCCAUCGACUUCCCCACAUCAGCUGCCUGCCAGGCUGUAGCCGGGGUCUGCAAGUCCAUACUGACCCUGUCCCAUGAGCCCAAGGUGCUCCAGGAGGGGCUGUGUCAGCUGGACAGCAUCCUGUCGGCCCUCGAGCCGCUCCACCGCCCCAUCGAGGUCCCCGGGGGUUCCGUGCUGCUCCGAGAACUCGCCACUGCCGGUCACGUGACCGACGCCACGCUGUCGGCCCGCGCCACGCCACUGCUGCACGCGCUCACCGCCGCGCACGCUUAUAUCCUGAUGUUCGUGCACACCUGCAGGGUAGGACAGAGUGAGAUCAGGGCCAUCAGUGUGAACCAGUGGGGCUCCCAGCUGGGUCUGAGUGUUCUCAACAAGCUGAGCCAGCUCUACUGCUCUCUGGUCUGGGAGAGCACCGUGCUGCUGUCCCUCUGCACACCCAACAGUCUCCCCCCAGGCUGUGAGUUUGGCCAGGCUGACAUGCAGAAGCUGGUUCCCAAGGAGGAGAAGCCGUCUGGCAGCACCACAGCCACUGUUUCCGCCUCUGGAUCCAGGAGAACUGCUGAGUCUGAGGCUGUUGCUGUGGACCCCUCUGCCACGGGUCUCCUGGAGGGGAUAGGGUUGGACGGGGAUACGCUAGCCCCCAUGGAGACUGACGAGCCCACCGCCGGCAUCUCUGACCCCAAGACCAAGUCCAAACUGACCCCCGCCAUGGCUACACGCAUCAAGCAGAUCAAACCCCUGCUCUCCGCGUCGUCUCGUCUGGGCCGGGCUCUGGCCGAGCUUUUUGGUCUGCUGGUGAAGCUGUGUGUGGGCUCUCCAGUCCGCCAGCGUCGCUCUCACCACGCCACCAGCACGGGCACAGCCCCCACCCCUGCCGCCCGGGCCACCGCCUCCUCCCUCACCAAGCUGCUCACCAAGGGCCUUAGCUGGCAGCCCCCGCCCUACACCCCCACCCCUCGUUUCAGGCUGACAUUCUUCAUCUGCUCGGUGGGUUUCACGUCCCCCAUGCUGUUUGAUGAGAGGAAGUACCCCUACCACCUCAUGCUGCAGAAGUUCUUCUGCUCCGGAGGACACGACGCGCUCUUCGAGACAUUUAACUGGGCCCUGUCUAUGGGGGGUAAGGUGCCCGUCUCUGAGGGCCUGGAGCAUGCAGAGCUGCCAGACGGGACAGGGGAGUUCCUGGAUGCUUGGCUGAUGCUGGUUGAGAAGAUGGUGAACCCCAGUACCGUGCUGGACUCACCCCACAGCCUGCCUGUCAAGGUCCCCGGGGUCACCCCCACCACCCCCCAGUUCAGUGCCCUGCGAUUCCUCAUCGUCACUCAGAAGGCGGCGUUCAGCUGCAUCCGCAGCCUGUGGAACCGGAAGCCCCUUAAGGUGUACGGGGGCCGAAUGGCUGAGUCCAUGUUGGCUAUACUGUGCCACAUUCUGAGAGGAGAACCUGUCAUCCAGGAGCGCCUGGCCAAGGAGAGGGAGGGCACGGCCCGUCCAGAGGAGGAGGGAAGUCCUGGGGCCUCUACGCUGCCUGUAGGUUCCAGCUCUGGAGGUGCAGGUGGAUCAGGAGGGGCCCCUGGAGCAGCAGUGAGUGCAGGAGAGUGCCCUGCCGGGUCAGUACCAGGACCGGCCAUCGGAGGCAGUACAGCACCACCUGCACCAGGGGGGGCAGCAGAGGACUCCACUAACACUACUCCCAGGAGAGAGCCACCGGUUAACCAGGCUCAGCUACAGCAGGGUCAGGGAGGAGGCAGAGAGAGGCAGCCAAAUGUCAACCAGCAGCAGCUACAUCAGCUGAUGGACAUGGGUUUCUCCAGAGAGCAUGCCAUGGAGGCCCUGGUCAACACCAGCACCAUGGAGCAGGCCACAGAGUACCUGCUCACACACCCUCCUCCUCUACUCAGCGGAGCCGUCAGGGACAUGACCAUGUCAGAAGAGGACCAGAUGAUGAGAGCCAUCGCCAUGUCUCUGGGACAAGAGGUCAGCAUGGAACAGCGCUCUGAUUCGCCCGAGGAGGCGGCGCGUCGUCGUGAGGAGGACGACAGGAGAGCCAGGGAGCGUACGGAGGAGGAGGAGGCUCGCUGCCUGGAGAGGUUCCUGGAGGCCGAGCCCCUGGACAGUACGGAGCUCCACGCCUUCACUGACUCCAUGCUGCCCGGCUGUUUCCACCUGCUGGACGAGCUGCCAGACACAGUCUACCGUCUCUGUGACUUGCUCAUGACCGCUAUCAAGAGGAGCGGCCCCGAGUACAGGGACCUCAUCCUACGACAGGUCGUCAACCAGGUGUGGGAGGCAGCAGACGUGCUGAUCAAGGCAGCAAUACCCCUGACCACCAGCGACACCAAGACGGUGUCAGAGUGGACCAGACAGAUGGCGACCCUGCCCCAGGCGUCCAACCUGGCAACACGCAUCCUGCUGCUCACACUGCUCUUUGAGGAGUUGAAGCUGUCGUGUGCCAGGGUGGUGGAGAACAGUGGGAUCCUCAAUGUGCUCAUCAAGCUGCUGGAGGUGGUGCAGCCCUGUCUGCAGGCUGCCAAGGAGCAGAAGGACAUCCAGACGCCCAAGUGGAUUACUCCAGUGCUGCUGAUCAUUGACUUCUACGAGAAAAUGGCUGUUUCAUCCAAACGCAGAGCGCAGAUGAACAAGUACCUGCAGCCCAACGGUAAUAACUGGCGUUGGUUUGACGACAGGUCGGGGCGCUGGUGCAGCUACUCUGCCUCUAACAACGGCACUAUAGACUCAGCCUGGAGGGCCGGGGAGAGCAGCGUACGAUUCACCGCCGGACGCAGGAGAUACACCGUACAGUUCAACACCAUGGUCCAGGUGAAUGAAGAGACUGGUAACCGUCGUCCGGUGAUGCUGACGGUCCAGAGAGUGCCUCGCGUUCCUAAACCUGCCAAAGCUGGCAGCAUGACGGACUCGGAGAGGGAGGAGGGGGACAGGGGCAAGGUAGAGGAGACACAGACAGACCCAGACUCUGCCCCAUUAGCCGUGGAGAUGAGUGCUCCUAAAGACGACAACGCUACCACUCAACUAAAGGAGUCCUCCUCCGGUCCCUCUGCUCCUCCCGCCCCACUGGACCCCACGUCUGAACGCACCGGGGCAGGAGGAGCCAUCGUGGUGCAGGGCCUGACUGAGGACAUGACCACAGUGCUCAUCAGAGCCUGUGUCUCCAUGAUCAGUGUCCCCGUGGACCCAGACACACUCCACGCCACACUAAGGCUGUGCCUGCGCCUGACGAGGACCCACCACUACGCCAUGAUGUUUGCUGAGCUGAAGAGUACCAGGAUGAUCUUGGGGCUGACGCAGGGGUCGGGGUUCAACGGCUUCACACCCCUGGUCACGCUGCUGUUCAGACACAUAAUCGAGGACCCCGCCACGCUACGCCACACCAUGGAGAAGGUGGUACGGUCAGCAGUGACCAGCGGGGCGGGCAGCACCACGUCAGGUGUGGUUUCAGGCUCUCUGGGCUCCAGAGAGAUCAACUACAUCCUGCGUGUUCUGGGCCCUGCCGCCUGCCGUAACCCAGACUGCUUCGCUGACACGGCCAACAGCUGCGUCCGCAUCGCCCUGCCCGCACCCCGUGGAGCUGGUACGGUGUCAGAUGAUGAGUUUGAGAACCUGCGUAUCAAGGGGCCCAACGCGGUGCAGCUGGUGAAAACCACCCCCCUCAAGCUGUCUCCACUGCCCCCCAUCCCUGACACCAUCAAAGAGGUCAUCUAUGACAUGCUCAACGCCCUGGCCGCCUACCACGCUCCUGAAGAGGCUGAGCGUCCAGAGGAGCCUGCGGUGGCGGUGCCGGUGCCCGGGGGGCAGGACCUGUGUCAGAUCCUCCAGGAUGAUGAUGUCUACCAGCAGUACAGACUCACCAGACAGGGCAGUGACUUCGACUCACAGUCCGCUUUCCACAUCAACGCCCAGGUGUUUACUGCGGAUGGUGCUGUGGCUGACUCGUCUCAGUCUGGCACGCCCCAGGGAGAAGCCUCUACUCCAGAGGAGAUGCGUGAGGAGAAGAAGGAGGUGGAGGGUGAAAAGGGAGCCAGCUCAGAGGAGGUUAAGGGGGCCAAGCCCUUGAUGCCCACCUCCACCAUCCUGAGGCUCCUGGCAGAGCUGGUCAGGUCUUAUGUGGGCAUCGCCACCCUCAUAGCAUCCUACGGCUACACGGCCGGACAGUCUGAGCUCAUCAAGGAGGACUGUAGUGUCUUAGCCUUCGUGCUGGAUCACCUGCUGCCCCACACCCAGAGCUCUGAGGAUAAGGACACCCCAGCCCUGGCACGUUUGUUCCUGGCCAGCUUGGCAGCCGCCGGCACGGGCACCGACGCACAGGUGGCCCUGGUCAACGAGGUGAAGGCCGCACUCAGCCGGGCGCUGGCCAUGGCAGAGGGCACGGAGAAACACGCCAGGCUCCAGGCAGUGAUGUGUAUCAUCAGCACCAUCAUGGAGUCGUGUCCAUCCACCUCUAGCUUCUACAGCACGGCAGCAGCCAAGACGCAGCACAACGGCAUGAACAACAUCAUACGUCUCUUCCUCAAGAAGGGACUGGUCAACGACCUGGCUAGAGUACCACACAGCCUCGACCUGUCCAGUCCCAACAUGGCCAACACGGUGAAUGCAGCUCUAAAACCCCUAGAGACUCUGUCCCGUAUCGUCAACCAGCCCAGCAGCCUGUUUGGAGGGAAGGGGGGAUCCAGCAAGAACAAGACUGAGCAUGACACUGUGGGAGCUGCCAGGGACUCAAACAGCAACACACAAGGUGACUCGGGUGAGGUUGAGGGGACUCUGGUGGAGGGCAGUCACAGGGUCCAAGGGACAGACAGUGACCUGAUGGACGGAGAGACGGAGGGAGACACGGUGGUCAUCGCUGGACAGCCGGAGGUGCUCAGCACCACGGCCAUGCAGGUGGAGAAUGAGUUGGUGGAUCUGAUAGACGAGCUGUUGGAGAGAGAUGCCGGCGCCGUCAACAGCUCCAUUAUCGUGGGACGUAGCAGCGGUGAGGACGAAUCACAAGAGGACGUGUUGAUGGAUGAGGCGCCAUCCAAUAUCAGUCAGGCUUCUACUCUACAGACCAACAGAGAAGACUCUAUGAACAUCCUGGAGCCCGAGGAUGAGGAGCACACGCAGGAGGAAGACUCCAGCGGCAGCAACGAUGAUGAAGACAGCCAAGAUGAAGAGGAGGAGGAGGAAGAGGAGGAGGACCAGGAUGAUGAAGAAGGUGAUGAGGAUGACGAUGAUGAAGGGUCUGAGAUGGAGCUGGAUGAAGAUUUCCCAGACAUCAACGCUGCGCCACACAUCCGCUUCGAGAGGUUUGACCGCGACGAUGACCUCAUCAUAGAGUUUGACAACAUGUUCUCCACCACCGCUGACAUCCCUCCCUCCCCAGGCAACAUCCCCAGCUCGCAUCCCCUGAUGGUGCGCCACGCCGACCACGGCUCCUUAACGCUGGGCGGAGCGGGCACCAACAACCGUCUGGCGCAGGGCAUGGGUCGCAGCCAGAGAACGCUACGCCAGCUCACCGCCAACACGGGCCACACGAUACACGUCCACUACCCUGGGAACAGACAGCCCAACCCCCCACUCAUCCUGCAGAGACUGCUGGGUCCCAGUGCUGCAGCAGACAUCCUGCAGCUGUCCAGCUCUCUGCCACUGCAGUCCCGUGGCCGUGCCCGGCUCCUGGUGGGCAACGAGGACGUGCAUAUCAUCGCCCGCUCCGACGACGAGCUGCUGGACGAUUUCUUCCACGAGCAGAGCAGCACCGGAGGACAAGCGGGCACUCUGUCCAGUAUCCCCACUGCCUUAACCCGAUGGACUGAUGAGUGUAAAGUGCUGGAUGCUGAGAGCAUGCACGACUGUGUAGCAGUGGUGAAGGUUCCUAUCCUGCAGCACCUGGAGACUCUGAGAGACGAGGAGCUGGAGGAGAGGAGGGAAAGAAGGCGUAGACAGCUGGCUGAGGAAGAGGAGGCUAAGCAGAACGACCGAAGGUCAGGAGGAGGAGAGGAGCCCAGGGAGCAGAGUCUGCAGGGCUCAGGACUGGGGACGGUCAACGGUGCUGUUGGAGAGACCACUGCUGAAGGUGAGCCCCAGGGCAGUGGGGUGUCCUGUCUGGAUCCCCCAAGGGUCUCCGAAGGUUUCCUCACCGCGCCCCCCUCAGGAGAGGUCACCCCCACCACCCCAGCCCCCCACGAACAGGCCCUGGUCUCCCUGGAAACCGCUAUCUGCCAGCAGGUCCACCAGCCAAUCGCAGACCUGCUCCUGGCCGAGUCGCACGCCAAUUCACUGGCCGCACUGGCGGGGGCGGGUCUGCCUGCCCUGGCGGCAUCAUCCGAUAGGCCGAACUGUGAAGCUGAGGCGUCCCAGAUGGAAAUGUCCCCGGCGCCCACUAUUGGUGAGAGAGGAGGAGGAGGAAGGAGAGGAGGAGCGAUGAUGGAUGGAGGCAGGGAAGCCUCCCUGAGUCCAGACAUCGUGGAGACCUCAGAGCCUGCAGCGGUGGGCGUGUCACAAUUGGAAGGGUCUCCCAUGGAUACCAGUAGCCCCGCCUCUGCCACGCAGGAAGAGCCCGUCCCCAACCCCACCCAGGCUGUUCAUCUAUCUCAGGAGCUGUCUGGGAGUGGAGACAGCGGACUGACGGACAGGCACACAGACGCAGAGACAGGCUCCACCACUGUCUCCUCCCCUGGAGAGACCAUGCCCCGGAGUGACCGUGCCAACAGCCAAUCCCAGGCCAUCCAGGAAGAGCCCCUCCCUUCCACCAGCAAUGAGGAUGAGGACCCACUGGCAGGCAUCAGUCUACCAGAGGGUGUGGACCCGUCCUUCUUGGCAGCUCUUCCAGAGGACAUCCGUCGUGAGGUGCUCCAGAACCAGCUGGGUAUCCGACCCCCGGCGCGCCCCCCUCCCUCCUCCACCCUCCCCUCCACCACCACCCCUGUACUGGGAGGAGGAGCCGGGGUCACAGAGGUCAGCCCUGAGUUCCUGGCUGCCCUGCCACCUGCAAUACAGGAGGAGGUGUUAGCGCAGCAGAGGGCAGAGCAGCAGCGUAGAGAACUGUCCCAGCAGCCCACACAGGGCGACAUUCCCCUGGACCCUGUCACCUUCAUCCAGACCCUUCCCUCAGAGCUUCGUCGCUCCGUCCUGGAAGAUAUGGAAGACAGCGUGCUGGCAGUCAUGCCCCCGGACAUCGCCGCUGAGGCAGCCGCGCUGCGCCGCGAGCAGGAGGCUCGUCAGAGACAGCUGAUGCACGAGAGGCUGUUUGGCCAUAGUUCCAGCUCGGCCCUGUCGGCUAUCUUGAGGUCGCCUGCGUUUACCAGCCGCCUGGGGGGCAACAGAGGAGUUCAGUACACCCGCCUGGCCGUGCAGAGAGGAGGGACCUUCCAGAUGGGAGGAGGGGCCAACCACAGCAGGCCGUCCAGUUCCAGUGUGGACUCUCUGCUGCGUCUGCGUGGUCGUCUGCUCCUGGACCACGAGGCCUUGUCCUGUCUCCUGGUCCUCCUCUUCGUAGACGAACCCAAACUCAACACCAGCCGUCUGCACCGCGUGCUCCGCAACCUGUGCUAUCACUCUCAGACGCGUGGCUGGGUCAUCCGCAGUCUCCUCUCCAUCCUCCAGCGCAGCAGCGAGAGCGAGGUUUGUGUCGAGACCACCCGGCUGGAAGAUGCCAGAGGCAAGCGGACCACCGCCGGUCAGGGAGGUUACAGUGGGAGUAAAGGAUCUACGACCACAGCUACCGCUGCCUCCUCCCUCUCCUCCUCUUCCUCCUCUUCUCUGGAGUUGAUCAACAGGGUGGAGUCUCGUAGCUCCUCCCAGCUCUCCUGGCUGUCUGUUUCCAUGGAUGCGGCGCUCGGCUGCCGCACAAACAUUUUCCAGAUCCAACGGGCGUCAGGGCGGAAGCACGCCGACCGGCACUCUGCUGGGGGGACGUCAGGAGGGCCCGGGGGGACCCUGGGAGGAGGGGUACAGGGGGUUACAGCUGGGGUGACGUGUGCAGGGGGAGGAGGGUCAACUGUACACAUCCACCCUCAGGCCGCCCCUGUGGUCUGUCGACACGUACUGGAUACUCUUAUCCAGCUGGCCAAGGUGUUCCCCAGUCACUUCACCCAGCAGCGCUGUAAGGACCUGCUCUCCUCCUCCACCUCUGAUCUGGACUCACGUCUGUGUGCUGCUGCCUCCAUCGUCACCGGAACAGCAGGAGGAGGCUCUAGAACUACUCAGACCUCCAACACCCUCUCCACUCCCUCCUCAGCCCAGAACUCCAUCGGCGGGGGCGCCUGUGGAACGGCCAUCACCCCCCAGUCCCUGGGCAUCUCCACCGACUUCUGGGACCUGCUGGUGAAGCUGGACAACAUGAAUGUGUCGAGGAAAGGCAAGGCCUCCAUGAAGACAGUUUCCCUGGGGGCUGGAGGGGAGGCCGAGGGGGCUCAGUACAGCCUGGAAGCCUCUCCGCUGGGCCAGCUGAUGAAUAUGCUGUCCCACCCCGUGAUACGACGCUCCUCCCUGCUCACCGAGAAGCUGCUGCGUCUCCUCUCCCUCAUCUCCAUCGCCCUGCCUGAUAAUAAGGCUACGGAAGUCCCAGCUGGACACCCAACGCCGCAGUCUACCACAACCGGAGCUGGCAAUCCCGCCACUGCCACCAGUGCAGCCGGUGCUCCGGGCUCGGCCUCAGCCUCUGCUCAGGGGACCACCGUAGGGGUGGUGUCAGGAGCUCAGGGCUCAUCUUCCACCGCUAUAGUGUCCAUACCCACCUCUACUGGAGCCAGCGCCACAGGGAAGCAUCGAGCGACCGUGCUCUGUGUUGAAAGUGACACCAAACUUGCCUCCACUGGACUCACUGAGAAACAACUGCAGCUCUCUGUCGAGGUGCUGACCAGUCACUCGUGUUCAGAGGAGGGUCUGGAGGAUGCAGCCAACAUCCUGCUCCAGCUGUCCAGAGGAGACGGAGCUACUAGAGACACAGUGCUGCGUCUGCUGCUGAGUGGAGCUAGACACCUGGGAUACACGCUCUGCAAACAGAUCGGCACGUUAUUGGCCGAGCUGCGUGAGUACAACCUGGAGCAGCAGAGGAGAGCCCGGGCCGACGCCCAGUCACCUGACGCCCCUGCUGAGGAUACCUCCCUCUCCGCCAGGCUGAAGGCCGGCAAGCUCUCGAGCAGGUUUGACGGCUCUGAGAGCGUGGUGAUCGUGGCAGCCCAGAAGCGUACGCUGGGCGGGCGGGAGCUGCAGCUGCCCUGCAUGUCUUCCCUGACCUCAAAGACGUCCACCCAGAAGUUCUUCCUGCGGGUCCUGCAGGUCAUCAUCCAGCUCCGGGAGGACACGCGCCGCGCCAACAAGAAGGCCAAGCAGACCGGACGUCUAGGCUCCACCAGUCUGGGCUCUGCCAGCAGUAUCCAGGCGGCAGUCCGUCAGCUAGAAGCUGAGGCAGAUGCCAUCAUUCAGAUGGUGAGAGAGGGGCAGCGGGCACGCCGUCUGCAGCAGGCCCCCCCGCCCUCCGCCUCUGUCACUGCCGUCGCCACCGCCGCCGGAUCCUCCGUGGCCGCCCCUCAUGCCCCCGCCGCUGCCCCCGGCACGGCGAGCGCUGCCACGUCCUCUCUCCAGUCGGAGGUAGGGUCAGUGUCUGAGCCCCAGGCAGCCCAGAGGGAUGAUUCUCCCAUGGAUGUAGACCCUGCACCCCUGGAUGAAGAAGGCAACAGCCAAUCAGAGACAGAGGAGCGUCUCCCGGACCUCCCCCUGCUGAGCGAGCAGCUACUAUUGGACGAGCUGUGGGACAUGCUCGGGGAGUGCCUGAAGGAACUGGAGGAGUCACAUGAUCAACACGCUGUUCUGGUUCUUCAGCCGGCGGUGGAGGCCUUCUUCCUGGUCCAUGCCACAGAGCGGGAGAGCAAGCCCCCUGUCAGAGACACCAGGGAGAGCCAGUUGUCCCACAUCAAAGACGAGCCUCCCCCGUCCCCCGCACCCCUCACCCCCGCCACCCCCUCCUCUCUGGACCCCUUCUUCUCCAGGGAACCCUCCUCCAUGCACAUCUCUUCCAACCUGCCUCCCGACACACAGAAGUUCCUCCGCUUCGCUGAGACUCACCGUACGGUGCUUAACCAGAUUCUGCGCCAGUCCACCACCCACCUGGCCGACGGACCCUUCGCUGUGCUGGUUGACUACAUCCGCAUCCUCGACUUUGACGUCAAGAGAAAGUACUUCCGUCAGGAGCUGGAGCGUCUGGACGAGGGUCUGAGGAAGGAGGACAUGGCUGUCCACGUCAGGAGAGAUCACGUGUUUGAAGACUCCUACAGAGAGCUGCACCGCAAGAGUCCCGAGGACAUGAAGAACAGACUGUACAUAGUGUUUGAAGGAGAGGAGGGUCAGGAUGCCGGAGGCCUGCUGAGAGAGUGGUACAUGAUCAUCUCCCGGGAGAUGUUUAACGCCAUGUACGCCCUGUUCAGAACCUCGCCCGGCGACAGGGUCACCUACACCAUUAACCCCUCCUCCCACUGCAACCCCAACCACCUCAGCUACUUCAAGUUCGUAGGUCGCGUAGUAGCCAAGGCCGUCUACGACAACCGACUGCUGGAGUGCUACUUCACACGGAGCUUCUACAAGCACAUCCUGGGCAAGAGCGUCAGGUACACAGACAUGGAGAGUGAGGACUACCCAUUCUUCCAGGGCCUUGUCUACUUGCUGGAGAAUGACGUCUCCACUCUGGGCUAUGAGCUGACAUUCAGCACUGAGGUCCAGGAGUUUGGUGUGUGUGAGGUACGGGACCUGAAGCCUAACGGAGGCAACAUCAUCGUCACUGAGGAGAACAAGAAGGAGUACGUCCACCUGGUCUGUCAGAUGAAGAUGACUGGUGCUAUCCGUAAACAGCUGUCAGCCUAUCUGGAGGGUUUCUAUGAGAUCAUACCCAAGAGGCUGAUCUCCAUCUUCACAGAGCAGGAGCUGGAGCUGCUCAUAUCUGGCCUGCCCACUAUAGAUAUAGACGACCUCAAGGCCAACACAGAGUACCACAAGUACCAGUCCAGCUCUAUACAGAUCCAGUGGUUCUGGCGGGCCCUGCGUUCCUUCGACCAGGCGGACAGAGCCAAGUUCCUGCAGUUUGUGACGGGCACGUCCAAGGUUCCUCUGCAGGGCUUUGCAGCUCUGGAGGGCAUGAACGGAAUACAGAAGUUCCAGAUCCACCGUGACGACCGGUCCACCGACCGCCUACCGUCAGCUCACACCUGCUUUAACCAGCUGGACCUCCCAGCCUACGAGAGCUAUGAGAAGCUGAGACACAUGCUGCUGCUGGCCAUUCAGGAAUGCUCAGAGGGAUUUGGACUGGCUUAGACCUACCCACACGGAGACUCUUAACACGCACACAAUUUAGACUUGCAUACUCUGAUGACACAUAGACACACAGACACAUCGUCACACACACACUGGCGCUAUCAUAGACAUUACUGGAUGACUGGGAAAAUGGUAUCUAGACGUACAACUGGUUCCUAAUCCAUAUAUAGAAACAGACAGACCAGCAGAGUGGUAUGAUUAACUGACUGACUGAUAUUACCUACUACACACAGAGCCUCAUGUCAGUAGACACAGACCUGUGCCUGGUAUGUCUCCCUCCCCUUCCACAUUAAAAUGGCAGAAACCUGAGCGCGAGCACAUUGAGGAUUAAAACCUGGACUAAUAUCAAAGACAUUUUCUCCAUUUAGUUUGAUUUCUCUGUACAAAAGGUUUUGGAGUUUAUUAUUUCUCUUUUUUUGUUCUUCUCUGGCUGUGUAAAAAAGGAGAAGGAUGUUUGUGUGUGUGAACAGGAUGGUUAUAAAAACUUUGGGGGAAAAAUGUUGGCUGUUUUUGCGAAUUUGUGACCUCAUAAGCCUUGAAGAUGGGGGGGCAUUUUUAUGGGGAAGGAAGGAGAAAGAGGGGAAGAAAAAAAAAUAAACUUGAGAAGUUAUGAAAAAAUUGAAAUGCACUUUUCAAAGUUUUGUGGUGUUUUUAAGGAAGGAUGGUACAAAACAAUGAAGAAAACAAGAAAGGAGAUGAAGACAUGAACCACAUUCUAGAGUCGUUUUGGCUAUUAAAUCACUGACCCAGCCUUGAGCCUUUGAAUCAGAGUGAAAUAACUACAUGAAUAAAUGUAUAAAAUGGA